AUGUCACAAUUAAUAGAGUUUAAAAAUCUAUUAGUAGCAGUAGAUGGAUCAGAUUAUAGUAGAAAAGCAUAUGAGCAAUCUUUGGAAUUUCUUGAGCAAAAGAAAGAUCAAUUUGACCAAUUAAUUAUUGCACAUAUCACAAACAGAAAUAAAAAAUAUCUACCUGAAAAAAUGCAGGCAGAAACCAUUUAUGAUUAAUAUAAGUUAGAAUGCGAUGAAAAGUUUGCGCACAAUAAAUAUAAACUUGUUUUUGAAGAGAAGAACCCAAACUAACCCUCAUGCAGAGAAUAAAUAAUAUCCCUUUGUGGUCAAUUGCAGAUUAGCUUUUUAUUUUUAGGCUUUUAUGGUAGAAAAGGAGUGAAAGAAUAAAGAGGUUUAACUUAAACAGUUUCAUAAGCUUGCUAUCAUAGCAAAGUUCCUUUAGUUAUAGUUAAAAAUGUUUUCCAAAGAAAAGAGACUCAAUCUCAAGGUUUCAACUUUUUAGUCUGCAUAGAUGGAUCAAAUAAAUCUUAUAAAGCAUUAAAUUAUGCACUUAAUUUAGCAUAAAAUCCAAAUGAUAAAAUUACAAUAUGUUAUGCACCAACUCCAGACAAAUAGAAAUUCACAAGAACUAUUGAUGCAAAGCUUUAAGAAGAUUUAGAAUAAGCAAAACAUAUUAAUUGGAAAUUUGUUGAGCUCACACCAUCGUAUAACGCAACAGAACAAAUAAUUAAGCAUGUUAAUAGCUGUGGCAAUGAAGAUUAAUUUCAAUUUGUUAUAAUAGGCAAUAAUGGUUAUAGGGCUUAGAUAGAAGAUAAGAGUUUCUUUGGUAGAACUGCAGAAGAAAUAACUAUUCAUUCAAACUCUAAUAUUAUUAUCAUUACAUGA